CGUUUUGCUCCAACAAUGCCUUCAGCCUUGAUAAUAGACGCCGUCGAUGGUGGGUAUGCAUCAGUAGCGAGAAGAUGCUUGUGUAAGGCAGAUACUUGCGUCGACAAGCCACCAAACGAAGAAGCAAUGGUGUUGAACUCAACCUGCCUCAGUCCAGUCUUAGAUGAACCAUCUGAUGAAUCCGUAUGAACCAUAUAGUCUGAGCGGAACAAGCCAAGUGAUAACUC